AUGGGUUGGUGUAAACAAGGACCGCUGAUCGUCUCUUGUGGCUGUACUUUGUUACGAUAUGUUAUUAAUUAUCCUCCCCCCAUUCCAGGGAAGGAAAGCAGCUCUUCACAAGUAAAUUUGCAGUCCAACAAAGCCCGAGUGCAGAAGCUAGUGAAGGUGUUCUCCAUCAUCUCAGCUCGGUCAUAUGGAGCUGACCGGCAGAUCUUGGACCAGCUGACCGCUCAGGGCAUCACACCUACAGAUGAUCCACACCAGAGCGAUGUCAUUCUGCUGUUUUGUCCAAUCCUGACACGAACCGCAUCUGACCUUGAUGCAGCCGUCAGAAAUAUUCCAGAUGGAGCAAAAGACAAACCUGUGGUGUUGGUUCUGAUGCAUCACACUUUUGACCCAAACGAAGUCCUGGACAGAACCCGCUGGAGCAAACAGCAUCCCUGUUUAAAGGAGGAAGUGCGUGUGCUUUUCCAUCGGAAUGGACUUCUGCAGUGCGACAGGAACAAGGAGGCGGUCCGUACCCUCAAGACCCUCUGUGACCAGUAUGCAACACCAGAAGUCAUUGUCACGGAGGUAUGCUCGGGUGUCCGUAGGCAUGCCAGGCCGGGGGUCAAAGCGGUUUAUGUGUCUGGCUAUGCGGUCAAAGUCACGGUCGGAUGGGCCGGGCAGGUCCCGACCGAUGGGCCGGGAUAG